UGUGUGUGUAUGUUCACUUCUCAUUGCUAUGUGCGUGUACUUGGAUGGGAUACAUGCAUUUCUGUAAUGUUUGCCAUAUUUAUAGCUACUGUAUGAACAAACUUUUGGAGAAACGAGAUGAACACGGCUAAAUCUUUCAGUGCUACAGAAUUACCGCUGCAAAUUGUUUAAUCAUUUUAAACACAAACAGUUUAGGGUUAAAUACUUGUUCACAACAUACAUUUCCUUUUGUGCGAAGAAGGGUAGUCGCUGUACAACAACAGGAUAUGUGGGUACCUCACCUGUUGAUAAUCAAUUCCUGUCACCCUCUUCCUGUAGCUACAAAUGCAAAACAAAAACAAAAAAAUAUCCUGACAAUACUUCAGAAGAGUCAAAACGAGCAACAAGGAACAAAGUCAUUUCUCACCAGAAAAACAACUCAUUUCACCUGACCAACAUACUGUGCUGUGUACAGACCUUCAAAGAUGCCUUUUCCACAGUUUCUAAGACUAUAUGGGGGCAAUAUGACCAAAAUGAGUAUGGUGACUUCAGUUCCACUCAGCAUUUUGUUAGUGGGUUUGCAGGCAAUGAUUGAUGUAAAAUUUGCAUGUCCGUGCAUUCCUAAGUGGAACAAAACUAUAUCCGCUUUAAUCUUUGUUGCUCCUGCUUGUCUUGCUUUUGUUUUAAUGCUAUUGUUUUUAAGGCCUUGGAAAUAUGAAUGUAAAUGGACUAUAUGGAAAUGUUGCUGUUGUGGAGAAAAAAAAAAUUGUGGAAGUUGCUGUUGUGGGGGGAGAAAAAUUUGUGGAAGUUGUUGUUGUGGGGUGAGCAAAAUUUGUGGAAGUUGCUGUUGUGGAGAAAAAAAAUGUUGUGGAAGUUGCUGUUGUGGAGAAAAAAAAUGUUGUGGAAGUUGCUGUUGUGGAGAAAAAAAAUGUUGUGGAAGUUGCUGUUGUGGAGAACAAAACAAAAGAGGAGCAUCUAAAAGAGAAGACAAGAAAGAAGCAUCUCAGUCUGAAAAAGAUGAGCUUGAUGUAAAUUUUAGUCGUGAAAAAGCUGUUUUAGCUUGUUUAACUCCGAGUCUUGUGUGGAUCUGUUUAUGCUUCAUUGAUGGUGAUUAUCUCACAUGUGGAUUAACAUACUGGGAUGGACACUAUGCCUGUGAUAAAGAACUGCAUCCAAAUUGCCUGAAUUGGUGCAAACCCAAUGAUCUGGGACAAGGAAAAAAAGAGACUGAACAUGAAUAUGAACAAACACGAAACUGGAUUGCCAUAUCAAAGACUACAGGUUAUGCUCUGGCGAUUAUCUUCUGCUUCAUAGCAAUUAUUAUUGUGUUGUGUGAAUGCUGCAAAAGUGGAAAAAAAAAAACAGAGACAACAGAGGAGCAUCUCAAAGAGGAGACAGCGGAAGAACACCUGAGACUUUGAGACUCAUUAACAAGACAAGUAACACAGAUAUAACACCGUUUUGAAGUGACAGUAUCAGCGAUAUCAAAUUCCAUCAGCUUUUUUGUACAUUGUGACCUAACAAAGUUUGGUUGUAUCUUCUUGAGUGAGCCUUUUGCAUGCAGCACAAGAGUCAGGGGUAUUUUUGUACUGAUUUUAUUUUCCUUUUGUAUUUUUAUAAUUUGUAUAAAGAAAUGAAUUACACCGUUCAUAGAGGUUUGUAUGUUACAUUUACACUUGAUCCCAAAGAUUUAUUUCCUAUUUGUGAUUUUAUUUUAUUUUUAAUUGAGAUAAAACUUUACAAGUUGUUUACAAUUACCUAAACAAAUGUACUAUUUUAUUUAGAUUUGACAGCUGUUCUUCUUGUGUCUGGGUUUGAAUGAUUUAAUCAGGUUCACUUUAAUGGUCAAUCUACAUCAGCAACAGCAAUACAUUUUAUACAGAAUCCUCCAGACAAACUAUUGAUUAUGCCAUUAUUUGUUGUAUUAGUUUAUGAUCAAUGUUAACAGAUCCUUUUAAAUAUUUUUUU